AUGGCCGCGGGCAAGAAGAACAAGGCCAAAGACAAAAAUGGCAAGGCAGCCCCCAAGAAGGUUAAGAAGGGGAAGAGCCCAGAGGUCACAGAGACUCAGACAACUACCACUACUCCUGCUCCUGGCAGCCCUGAACUCAAGGCGCAGGAACCAGAGCAAGUAACAGAAGAGUCUACUGCUGGCAAUACAGACGUUGAAGUAACGACGCCACUUCCUGUAUCAGCGUACGAGGUACUCGACGACGAGAGUACACCCCAAGACAGUUCCAACCCUGUCCCAUCUGUACUCGACAACCCCGUAUUAGCAUACGAAGUGCUCGACGACGACAAUCCACCUCAAAACAGCUCCAACCCUGUCGCAGAUCAAGAAUCACCUGUACUCGACAACCCCGUAUUAGCAUACGAGGUACUUGACGACGGCACUCCACCCCAAGUCGUCUCCGACCCUGUCGUGGAUUCAGUAUCACCUGUACACGAAACCCCCGUAUCGGCAUCCGAGGCGUUAGACGACAAGGCUUCACCCCAAGACAUCCCUGACCCUGUCGUGGAUCAAUCAUCACCUGUAGUCGACGAGCCUGUCAACGAAGUACCACCCUUGGACGAGCCAAGCUCAACUCAGCCCCCCAUCGAAGAAACUGAAACCAAAGAGCCGGCCGUGGAAGCAAGCUCGGUCCAGCCUCCCAUCGAGGGCACUGAAUCCGAGGAGCCGCCUGUGGAAGAAGCAAGUGUGGUUCAGCCUAUCCCGGAUCUUGAAGCAAAGGAGCCCUUGAACGACCAUAACAAGCAAGACGAGCCCAAUCAAGCUGAGCGCCCUGAAGAGACGACUGUAGUCUCAUCACUACCGGCGGACCCAUUCUCCCCUGUGGCCGCCUGUGUGCCUUUGCCUUCCCCAUCCUUGACUGAAGCACGGUAUAUGUCAAGUCCUUCCCAGGAUAACCAACAUUAUUAUCCCGGACCAUCGGCGUAUUCCCCUUACGCUUCACCUGUCCCCUACUCUGCGCCACCACCUUACGUGUCGCCAAACCCCUACGCGUCGCCAAACCCAUACGCCUCACCAAACCCCUACGCUUCGCCAGUGCCGUACGCAGCCUCCCCGGUGCCGUACGUCUCGCCAAACGCCUAUACUUCUCCGGUACCCUACGCCUCACCGGCGCUUUACGCUCCAGUGCCGUACGCUGGUUCCCAAGUGCCUUACACCUCAUCCACACCUUACGCUGGCUCUCCAGUACCUUACAGCUUACCCGGACCCUACGCAGGUUCCCCGGCACCUUACGCCUCAUCAGUAGCUCACAUUGCCUCACCGGUGCCCAAAGUCAGUAGCCCGCUUGCACGAUCCCACUACCCUCAAAUGUCCCCAACUAUAUCACCAACUGCAACUCCUCCACCUCAUAAUCCACCAGCCGCGCCAAUGCCUCCCCAUGAACCGCCUUCCACCCGGAAUGGAACGUAUGCUCUUCAAUCUCCUGUCAUGAGCCCUGCCGGAACGAUGCCUCCUUAUGGGCAUUAUUCUCCUCAGCACCAAUCGGAAGGCCAUUAUAGGAGCUACAGCAUCCCAGAUCCAUCAUAUGCAGCAUCAUAUCAGGCCCUUCAAAACCUGUCCAUGGGCAAUGGCCAACCCCAUGAGAAUGGAUCUCCCCCAGACAACGACGGUGAUCACAUUGAGCUUCUUCAACGCAUCCAGUCGGCGCUUCCAGAUAUCAACAGCCUCCUUAAUGGGUAUCGUAACACCCACAGCAAGCUCUCGAGCCGAGAGGCUGAGAUGAAGCAUAUUGAAAACCUGCACGAGCAAGCUCUAAUGCACAAAGACUACUAUAUCGAAGCUCUGCAAGCUCAAAUGAUGAAGACAGCCAAUGAAAGUGCUGAAGAAGAUACCAAGUUGAGGCACACCAUCAGUGAGUUGCGUCUCCAACUGGGAGAUCUGCAGGAGAAGCAGAAGGACCUUGAAGAUGGCAUAGCUGUCCAGCAGAAGUCCAACGAGGAGCUUUCUGAAACUAGGGUCGAACUCGAGGGACAAAUCAACCAGCUAAAUGAAAGCAUCCAGGAGUUAACCGAAGCCCACGAAAAAGCGUUGGAGACUCAGAAGGAGGAACAGGAGAAAGCUCUUGUGGCACAGAAGGAGGAGCUCACUGAAUUGUUUGAGGAGAUCAAGGCGGAGGAUGAGAAAACGGCAGCUGAGGCUCUAGAGAGUCGUGAGUGCGAGCUUCGCAGUGAACACGAAGCUAGUCAAGCCGAAUGGGAGAAAGAAAAAGCCCAAUUGCAGGAAUCCUUCGAAACCCAGCGCACCGAGCUGGAGGCUACUAAGACAGAAGUGGCGUCGCAGAUCGCUGCUUUGGAAUCCAAGGAGACCGAGCUGCAAGCCCGACUUACCGAACUCUCAUCGACACGUGAGGAACUGGCAGCCAAGCUCGCAGAGCUGGAGGAAACCCACCAGAAGAACGCACAAGAAUCGGAAGAACUUCGAAAAUCCCAUGCUGAUGAAUUAGACUCCCUGCGACAAAGCCAUGCUGGUGAAUUGGACUCCCUGCGACAAUCCCACGACGAACAACUCGCUGCUGCUGCCAAAGAAUUGGAUGAUAAGAUCGCAGACCUGGAAGCUCACUUCAAUGAGAAAGAGCAGCUCUGGACCACAGAGCGCGCUGCCUUGGAGCAGCAAAUAUCUGAGAGAGAUAGCGAGCUUUCCAGUGCCGAGCGAGAGAAAGAAAAAUUGGAAGGAGACGGUAUUGUCAAGGAGCAGCACCUCCAGCGUGCAGUGGAUGGGAUGCGAACGACCAUCGAUAACUUGGGCGCGGAUUGCGAAAGGCUGAGAAAGACACUGUCCAGCCUGGGAGAGGCCACUGACCUCAAGAAUACGAAGGGCGAUCAAUUCUUUCUUGACUGCUUCACAGAGCUCUCGCAGCUCAUCCACAAUCUAUCCAAGGAGCAUUUCGGAUAUCUCCCCAUUGAUCCCCCCAAGGACAUCCUUUCCAAAAUUCCAUCCGAACUUCCACCUUUCCUCGACAAUACUCCAGCCUCCCGCGAACUACGAUGUGCUUACAUCCAGCAUAUCAUCUCAAAAACCCUAACCUUCCGAGUCUUCCAACCCUUCCUCUUCACCUUAGGCCGGCGAUAUGACAAGGCCGACACCUUCUUCCAGAUGCUAUCUAUGGACAUCCGGCGCAAGUCCGUCCGCCGUGAGGCAUUCUGGCGCCAGCAGACCCUGAAAGCAGCCUACACCACCUCAGACGCCAAACAAUCAAUCAACGUAGCAGCAGCAGUCAUCGUCGACGAAAUCAUCGACCACAUCAAGCACUUUGCCGAUCCCAAGCACCUCGACUCCCUCCUAAUGGGCGUCCGAAAGAUCGUCAAACUCGCCGCCGAGACAUGGAGACACGCACGGGUCGAGCGCGAGCUCGUCGUUGCCAAUUUCCCCGCCCCGGACGCAGAAAGUGUCUCGAACGAGGGCUGGCUGGAGUACGCUACCAGCAAAGAUCAGAAACACACCCCGUCGAGCGAGCCCACUCGCCAUGUCGUACUGCGCACCUUCCCGCGUAUUACGCGCGAGGCUGCUCACGAGGACUUCGCUAGCGAUGAAGAGAAAGCUACCGCAUGUACUUACUCGCAGGGUAUUGUACUGUACUCUGAUUCCCCGGUCAUUAUGGGUCGGCUUCAGGAGUUUGCGAAAAGGUCUACCGAUUCUCUGGUCACGACACCUCCUAGGUCGCCCCUGGCCACCAAGGCUAUUGAGAAGUUGUCAAUCGAUGUUUCCUCUCCGAAGGUUAUGACUGUUCGAUCGGCUCCCACGAGUCCGGGUGUGAAGGGUCAGUUUGUGACGGUUUGA